GUUGUCUACAUGUGGGACGCGACGAGCACAUUGUUACGCUAGUUCAGCCACUCCCUGCCUCUGUGCACACACUAGUUGGUGUCCACCACUGUUUCAUUCAAACUCCAGAGAGCCGCGGAUGAGAAGACGCGUCCAGGCUCAUUCACCGCGGAUUUAUAUAACAAAAAACGGGGAAGAGUUUGAAUUCAAGUAGAUUUUCAUCUAAAGGGCCAUCCCGGGACACUUGGCUGCAAUAUCUUUCAACGUGGAGUUGGCAAAGGCCACAUUACUGCAAAAAAAAAAAGCCAAAGGGGAGGACUCAUUCCAAGAUGGAGGUAAAGACGUCACUUCUCGAUAACAUGAUAGGGGUGGGCGACAUGGUCCUGCUGGAGCCCCUUAGCGAAGAAUCCUUCAUUGAGAACCUGAGGAACCGCUUUGACCACAAUGAGAUCUACACGUACAUUGGCAGUGUGGUGAUCUCCAUGAACCCAUACAGGUCGCUGCCCAUCUUCACGCCAGAGAAGGUGGAGGAGUACCGCAACAGGAACUUCUACGAGCUCAGCCCACACAUCUAUGCCCUGGCCGACGAGGCCUACCGCUCCCUGCGGGACCAGGACAAGGACCAGUGUAUUCUCAUCACAGGGGAGAGUGGAGCGGGGAAGACUGAGGCUAGCAAGCUGGUGAUGUCAUACGUGGCGGCGGUGUGUGGGAAGGGCCAGGAGGUGAACAAGGUGAAGGAGCAGCUGCUGCAGUCCAACCCUGUGCUAGAAGCUUUUGGGAACGCAAAAACCGUGAGAAACGACAACUCAUCUAGAUUUGGGAAGUACAUGGACAUAGAGUUUGACUUCAAAGGGGACCCUCUGGGCGGAGUUAUUAGCAAUUACCUGCUGGAGAAGUCCAGGGUAGUCAAACAGCCUCGCGGAGAAAGAAAUUUCCACAUCUUCUACCAGCUCCUGUCUGGAGCCUCUGAUGACACGCUGAAGAAGCUGAAGCUGGACAGAGACUUCAGCAAAUACAACUACCUGAGUCUGGACUCGGCCUCUGUCACUGGGCUGGAUGAUGCAGCAUGCUUCAGGACUGUGAGGAAUGCCAUGCAGAUCGUGGGCUUCAUGGAGGACGAGGUGCAGUCGGUGCUGGAGCUGGUGGCAGCCGUCCUCAAACUGGGAAACAUUGAGUUCAAACCCGAGUCUAGGGUCAACGGGUUCGAUGAGAGCAGGGUCAAAGACAAGAACGACCUGAAGGAGAUGUGUGAGCUGCUGGGGAUCGAGCAGUCCGUCCUGGAGAGGGCUUUCAGCUACCGUACCGUGGAGGCCAAGAUGGAGAAGGUGUCCACGACCCUCAACGUGUCACAGGCGUACUACGCCCGGGAUGCUCUUGCCAAAAACCUGUACAGUCGUCUCUUCAGCUGGCUGGUUACCAGGAUCAAUGAAAGCAUCAAGGCUCAGGCCAAAACACGCCACAAGGUGAUGGGUGUGCUGGACAUCUAUGGUUUUGAGAUCUUUGAGGUAAGGGAAAACAGCUUUGAACAGUUCAUCAUCAACUACUGCAAUGAGAAGCUGCAGCAGAUCUUCAUUGAGCUGACUCUGCGCGAGGAGCAGGAGGAGUACAUCAGGGAGGACAUUGAGUGGACCAACAUUGAAUAUUUCAACAACGCCAUCAUCUGUGACCUCAUCGAGAAUAACCAGAACGGGAUCCUGGCCAUGCUGGACGAGGAGUGCCUUCGUCCAGGCACGGUGACGGACGACACCUUCUUGGACAAGCUGAACACCAUUUGCGCCGAGCACCAGCACUUUGAGAGCCGCCUCAGCAAGAACUCCAAGUUCCUGACGGACCACAGCCUGCCGCACAGCUGCUUCCGCAUCCAGCACUACGCCGGGAAGGUGUUGUACCGCGUGGAGGGUUUUGUAGACAAGAACAACGACUUGCUGUACAGAGACCUGUCGCAGGCCAUGUACAAGGCCAACCACAGUCUCAUGAAGCAGAUCUUCCCAGAGGGCAACCCUGCCAAGGUCAACCUGAAGAGACCACCCACCGCUGGCUUCCAGUUCAAGGCCUCAGUGGGCACACUCAUGAGGAACCUGCUGACCAAGAACCCCAACUACAUCAGGUGCAUCAAGCCCAAUGACAAGAAGGCAGCCCACAUCUUCACGGACACGCUGGUGUGCCACCAGGCGCGCUACCUCGGCCUCAUGGAGAACGUGCGCGUGAGGAGGGCGGGCUACGCCUUCCGGCAGAUGUACGAGCCCUGCCUGGAGCGCUACAAGAUGCUCUGCAAGCAGACCUGGCCCCACUGGAGAGGACCCACAAGGGAGGGAGUGGAAGUUCUGAUGGCUGACCUCCAGAUUUCUACGGAGGAGUUUGCCUACGGACGCUCCAAGAUCUUCAUCAGGAACCCUAGAACGCUGUUCUUCCUGGAAGAAAAGAGGAGGGGCUGUCUGGAGAACCUGGCCGCUCUCAUCCAGAAGAUCUACCGGGGAUGGAAGUGCCGCAAACACUUCCUGCUACUUAAGAAGAGCCAGGUGGUGGUAGCAGCCUGGUACAGACGCUAUGCGCAACAAAAGAAAUACCAGAAGAUCAAGAGUUCGACCGUCGUGAUGCAGUCCUUCAUCAGAGGCUGGAAGGCUCGCAAGAUCUUGCGAGAGUUGAAAUACCAGAAGAGAUGCAAAGAGGCAGUGACCACCAUUUCUGCAUACUGGCACGGCACACAGGCGAGGAUGGAACUGCGCUGCCUGAAGCAGGAGGCACGGAAUAAACACGCUGUGUCAGUCAUUUGGGCAUUCUGGCAGGGGACCAAGGCACGGAGAGAACUGCGGCGUCUAAAGGACGAGGCGAGGAAUAAGCACGCCGUGUCGGUCAUUUGGGCCGGCUGGCAAGGGACUAAGGCCCGAAGGGAGCUGAGGCGCCUGAAGGAGGAAGCCAGGCGUAAGCACGCUGUUGCCGUCAUUUGGGCCUACUGGUUGGGACUCAAGGUCCGCAGAGAGUACAGGAAGUUCUUCAGGGCCCAUGCCGGCAGGAAGAUUUACGACUUCACUAUACAGAGGAUCAUGCAAAAGUACUUCCUGAAUUUGAAGAAGACCAUGCCCUCCAUGUCACCCAUAGACAAGAAGUGGCCGGCCAGGCCUUACCUGUUCAUGGAGGGGGCCAACACAGAGCUGAGGAGAAUCUUCUACCUCUGGAGGUGCAAGAAGUACAGGAGCCAGUUCACAGAGGACAAGAAGGCAGUCUAUGAGGAGAAACUGGAGGCGAGUGAAAUCUUCAAGGAUAAGAAGGCUCUCUACCCCAGCAGUGUGAGUCAGCCUUUCAAAGGUGACUACGUGGAGAUCAACAAGAACCCCAAGUACCAGAAGCUGAACAGCGCCGUGGAGGAGAAGGUCCUACUGGCGGACGUGGUUAACAAGAUCAACAGAGCCAACGGCAAGGGUUCUUCCAGGAUCUUCCUGUUGACCAAGAACAACUUUGUCCUGGCUGAUCAGAAAACAGGCCAGGUUAAGGCCAGCGUUCCUCUACCAGACCUCACCAGUGUGUCCGUCAGCACUCAAAAUGACGGCUUCUUUGCCCUAAAACUCAAAGAGGGCUCUGCCUCUGCAGCCAAAGGUGACUUCCUGUUGAGCAGCGACCAUCUCAUAGAAAUCAUCACUAAACUCCACCGUGCUGGGACAGCCAUGGCCGAUAGGGAGCAGAUAAACAUCAACAUCUCAGACGAGUUUCUAGUGCAGUUCAAGCAGGACAAGGUGUGCGUGAAGUUUGUCCAGGGAGGUUCCAAGAAUGGCAACAGCGCGGCCUGCAAGCGCAAAAACAACCGCCUGCUGGAGGUGUCUGUGCCGUCGCCAUGAAGACCCCCGCCACACCACCACCAUAAUUGGGUGUUUCGCUCGAGGACAAUUGACCUUUGAACCCCAAACUCCACCCCAUUUGAUUCCCCUCCCCAGCCCUCUUCAAUGACUGUGCAAUUAUUCUACUUUGUUGUGGUUGUUAUCUUGUCUUUUCAUUUCAUCCCAAAUUAUUGCUUCAAUCACUGUAAUAUUGAACUGUGCUGCCCAGCUUUGGUAGAGAGAGCCCCGCUGGGCUGCAUUCCAACAGAGACAUGGAGGAGAGAUGGUUGUUUUAUGUUUUGUAUGUCAUCGUUUUUAAAGCGGGAGUUUGGUGGCAAAAACGAUGGCUCUCUUGCCAAUGGAUUUGGCGAGUUAUCUUGAGUUAUCUAGACAAACAGUGGCGAUGAUGACAUGGACGACGAUAAAGAAAAUGACCAAGUGGUAACCAUUUUCAGUUUUCUGUCAGGGUGAAGAGAUGGGGGGUGGGGGAGAAACCAGACAAUGGUUUUGCCAUUCAGUCACCCUGUCUAUAAGAUAUCUGAAAAAGCAACUUUCUAGUCAGAGGAAGACCAGUGAACAUUUCCGCCACAGUAGGCCUGACAUUUUUCUUGAAAGUUAAUGUUAAAAUGAUUGCACUUCUGAUGUUCACCUGGGUGAGAGGAAAAAUGACUUGAUUAUCAAACUGUCGAGGAGAUUGAUAUUAUUGAUUUGUUAGGCUUUGCUUGCACCUAUUGCAGAGUGAGUGGUUCAGCAGAAGCACCAAGGGCUUGUCAAAUGUAAUUUGCCAAGUGAUUGUAAACCACUUCUUGUUCGAGACCCACAUGUGCCAUUGAUCUAACCCUACGUUGUUGGAUGCACCAUGACUUGUUGCGUGCGUGAGAGUGUCAGAGUCAAGUCAAGGCUGUCAUUAAGAACCAGUAAGGUGAAUGGUCCCUGUUCAAGCCAUCGUCGUUGUUUAUGCCAAAAACCACUGGGAAGGGGACCCUCCCAGCCUGGGCAAGACUAACGUACUGCACUGUGCACGUGAUCAAUAUCCAUUUUCUCUGUAGUUGUCUUUGACGUUCAAUACAUCUUUCAAGCUUUACUCGAUGUACUUGUAAAAAGCAUAAUACUAAACUGUAUCUUUUCUACCUGUAUCUGACCUAGGCAGUUCCACAUCCUUUGCAUACUAUAUGUUCUGUACCCAUCAUACAAAGAAGGAUUGGAUCCUGGGUUUAUAAAGAAUAUACUGUCAUCAAGACCCCUGGCUAGACUGGUGGGAUGAUAUGUUCCCAACAACACAGGAAGUGAGGGGACCCCUGGGUCCUCCCUGAUGACUUUCCCACAUCUAGGGUUUUUCAGCCCAGAGCCCGUUGUUUCCAAGGGCUCUCUUGUGCAAAUGGGAAAUGUGCUCGUUGCCUGAACGCUGCAUAGACACCAAUUGGCAUUAUUCCUCCUCAUUUGCCUGGGAGUAGAAACAUAGUGAUAGGAUGUACAAUGUUGACAGGAGCGCAAGUUCUCUCACAUCCGAUGUUUCCCUAGGAAGUGUAGUAGAGAGAUACAGAGAAACCAUGCUUACUGGGCAAUACACAUUGGCUGUACAUAGGUUAGGCUGUAGACCCAGUUUAGAGGUGGAUUAUAGUAUUCUGUGCUACUUCUCUUAUUGCUGUGUUCCAAAAAUAUCUGUUUUUUUUGCUAUUGCAAUGUGGGCUGUUUUAUUUUUAGUGACCUCUGGGCUAAUAAUAAAUGUAGUGUUUUACUUGGGGCAAUCCCAAACUCUGUUAGAGUGCAUAUGGCAUGUAUACAUUCUACAGAGGUUUGCUCUAAGUUUAACCUGGCACAGCUUUACUGUCUACUCUGCCUAUGUACAUAUUUGGCAUUCAGACACACACAUGCCAAUGUUGCUGAUCAGAAACCAAACAAAAAGUGUGCUAUAUUUUGAAGUAUAUUUGAUAUAUUCUUUAUCUGGAUGUUUUAUUGGAGAUUUUUGUACUGUUGUAAGAAAACCAAUGGGUGAUGUGGAGGUAUAAUUCAGCCAAACUCGCGGUCUUUAGAUUCUACAGGUGGACCUUGAUUUUAAAACCUUUUUCAUGUUUUUUUUUCUUUUCUUUUUCUUUGUAGUUACACAGAAGACACAGGUGUACUUGGGAAAUGGUUGUUUCUGUUCCAUGGACAGGGGGAAACUGAGCUCAAUUGAAGAGUUUUUGCUUCUCUGCUCUGUACAGUUUGAGAUUUCAAUGCAGUUUGCAAAGGUUAACCCUCUCUCUUUCAUUUGUUUUUAUCUGAAGUAAAAGACAAACUAGAAAAGCAAAUGAUGUAUUCAUUCUUGUUGUGUGCCUAACGUAACCUAUGAUGAGACCGAGAACAUGGACGUGUUUCAGUAGAACUCAAUGUAACAUUUACAAGUAAUCUCUUUUUUAAAUAAAAAAAAAACAAUUAAUAAAUAAAGUACUUUGGCUA